CUCACUCACACCUGAAGCAGGAAGUGACAGGUGCCGAUUGAUCGUGUUUGGAUCGAUCUUUAAAGUUUAAUAACAAACCAAACCGGGACUUAUUGGAUUAUCUUUCAUCACAUAUCGAUCUACAUAAAUCCUUUAUUUUGACUUCUGGUCGAAUUUGUCGUUUGGGUCCAAAUCUGAGCAUCAGGUGAGAACGACGACAUACCUGUGAGUUAAAGGCUGACAGUAGGUUUGUCCCGUCUCGAUGUGAGCUGGUAGCUGUGACCUCCUCUCAGCAUGAAACACCACCUGGCACACCUGCUCCUCCCCGUCCUGCUGCUCUGCUGCUGCACGGCCGACAGAGCGCACAACAAGUCGGAGACGUGGCCGGCACAGCUGGCCAGCAUCCUCUUCAGCGGGAGCAUCGUGGCGAAGGAGGGAUCCAGCACGCUGCUGAAGUGUAAUGUGACCGCGGGCCCCGAUGGCGUCAAGUGGUUCAACCAUAAAGGAGCUCUGAUGGGAGAGGACGCAGGCGGGAAGUGGCAGAUUGAGAAAGACGGCGCCCUGAACAUCACCGUGGUCUCCUUUGAGGACCGCGGCCGCUACACCUGCGUCGCCUCCAGCGUCGCAGGAGGGACCGGUAACUGCACCGUCAUCCUGCGUGUGGCCCACAAUGACAGCGGCUUAGGGCUGUACUUCGUCUGCAUCUGCUUGGUGACCUUCAGCAUCACCAUGGUCCUGAACGUGGCGCGGCUCUGCAUGGUCGGCAGCCACCUGAAGAAGACGGAGAAAGCCAUCAACGAGUUCUUCCGCACGGAGGGAGCGGAGAAGCUGCAGAAGGCAUUCGAGGUCGCCAAGCGCAUUCCCAUCGUCACCUCGGCCAAGACGCUGGAGCUCGCCAAGGUCACGCAGUACAAGACCAUGGAGUUUGCCCGGCACAUGGAGGAGUUCGCGCGGAGCAUCCCCCUGCCGCCGCUCAUCCUCAACUGCCGCACGUUCGCAGAGGAGGGCGUGGAGAUGGAGACGCCGGGGCUUCAGUCGGCGGAGCAGCUCAGGAACAGACAAGCUAUCGGCCCGCCCUCCUCUGACAGAGCGGGAGGCGAGGAGGACGAGGACGAGGAGGACGAGGACGAGGAGGAGGAGGUGCGUCAGGCUCUGCUGUCAAGUGAAGGCAAAGCGAACGAUGGAGGAGGCGUUGAUGUCAAAGUGUCGGUCCAUGUCGUUUCUGAGACGCUCGACGGUCAGAAUUAAGAGGCCGAAGAAGACAGUCGACAAUCAACAGCAAAAUAACCCGACAAACAUAUUUAACACGACUGUCACAUGACCCUUUAUGGUUACCCGGGCAACACGAGUUGAGACCAGAGGACCAAAAGAUUCAAGAUAAUGUAACGACUAACAGAGAACUAAAUAAUAAAAAAGUUACAGCAAUAAAAGCGAAAAUAAAUAAUGAUGAAAAGAUAAAGAUAGAUAAAGGCCUCUCAUCCAAUCACAGCUGGGAACAGCUCCAGCCCCCUGAGACCCCGAACUGGAUUAGCGGUAUAGAAAAUGGAUGGAUGUUAAAAAUGUUUAAAGGACACUUUAAAGGAGCUCAUUCAUGCACUUGAAAUAUUUUUUUUCCAAAUCUCUUAAUUUGGUCUUUAAGAAAUAAGAAGUCUAAAUUAAAAACUGAGGGAAACGUCUUUAAAACUUAAAAACAAACUUCUUCUUGAGUCUAAGUGGAACGCCGACCUUCCUGUGAUAACUGGUUAAUGUCAGCCUCCAGAUCUCGAGAAAUGAACUCGUUAUCGCAGGAAAAAGCAGCGACGUCAGAUAACGAGAGAAAUAAGUCGAGAUCUGGAGAAAACAAGCUAAAUGUACUCAGGUGUUAUCACAGGAACAUGGAGUCAAAUAAAACGUGUGGAUGUGUGUCAUGUACUGUCUUCAAACUGUGAAUUGUGUUUGUUUCUUGACAACGUGUUUGAAUAAAUGAAGAGGUGAUCUCACAGACAGAGGUAAAUGUUUUUGUUGGUCACAGUGAGUGGAAAAUAAAUCUGAAUUAAAUAAAGUGAAAAACAAGCAGAA